UCAUCCCCAAACUUAGAAGAGUUAUACUGGAACCAGUUUGAAUUGAAAGCUCCUCCUGUAAUUUUUGCAACUUUUAUUUACUUUUCAUUAUUAUUAUUAUUAUUAGUAUUAUUAUUAAUAUUAUUAUUAUUAUUAUUAUUAUUGUUAUUAUUAUUAUUAUUAUUAUUAUUAUUAUUGAGCGUAAACAUGGAACACUCGGUCCUCAGACUGACAUGCGUUUUGGUGGUUAUCUGUCUGCUGGAUAAAAGGGUGGAUUCCAAUGAGAUCUUAGGUCUGAAGCUUCACAACAUCGAACCCAUCCUGAAUGCCAACACAGUUUGCAUGACGCUACCCGGUUUGACGAAACGCCAGCUGGAGGUGUGCAUGCGCAAUCCGGAUGUGACGGCUUCGGCAAUCCAGGGGAUCCAGAUUGCCAUCCACGAGUGCCAGCACCAGUUCAGAGGGCACCGCUGGAACUGCUCCAGCCUGGAGACAAGAAACAAAAUCCCCUACGACAGCAUAGUCUUUAAAAGAGGUUUUCGAGAGAGUGCCUUUGCAUAUGCGAUYGCAGCAGCUGGGGUGGUGCACGCGGUGGCCAAUGCCUGCUCCAUGGGAAAACUGAAAGCAUGCGGCUGCGACGAGAAGCGGCGCGGGGACGAGGAAGCAUUUCGACUCAAGCUCAGCCGCUUACAGCUGGAGGCCAUCCAGAGAGGGAAAGGGAUGGUUCACGGUGUGAUGGAGCACUACCCCGCCGAGCUCUCCGGACUGCAGCCAGACUCCUGGGAGUGGGGUGGCUGCAGCCCUGAUGUGGAAUUCGGGGAAAAGUUCUCAAGGGACUUCCUGGAUGCCCGYGAAACCUACAGAGACAUYCAUGCAAGAAUGAGGUUGCAUAAUAAUAAAGUUGGGAGGCAGGUGGUGCUCGACAACAUGCGAAGGAAAUGCAAGUGCCACGGGACGUCAGGGAGCUGCCAGCUCAAGACUUGCUGGCAGGUCACUCCAGAGUUUCGGCUGGUGGGUUCAAUCCUAAAAGAACGUUUCCACAUUGCCACCCUUAUCAAGGCUCAAAACAGGAAUAACGGCCAGCUGGACCAUUCGAACCAUAACAACCACAACAACCACAACAACCACAACCACCAUCACAGUCAUCGAGAGAACCACCACUCACAUCGCCGGCGGCUUAACAUCAGGGAGCUAGUGUAUUUUGAGAAGUCGCCUGAUUUCUGUGACCGGGACCUUAGCUCAGACUCRGCGGGCACACAGGGACGAAUCUGCAACAAGACCAGCCCGGGGAUGGACAACUGUGAGAGCCUGUGCUGCGGGAGGGGGCACAACAUUCUGCAGCAGACGCGUAGCGAACGCUGCAACUGCAAGUUCCAYUGGUGCUGCUACGUGGUCUGUGAAGAGUGCAGGAUAACAGAGUGGGUCAGCGUUUGCAAAUGAAGAAAAACACACUAAAAGUCACCAGACAUAAGAAUUAAAAGACAGACAAAUGCCCCAAUGUUUUUUGUCAUGGACUGCAGUUUUUUUGUUGCAGAGAAGUCAUGGAAGGACAGUGUGACGCAUUUGAUGCGGCAAACAGAAACCUGUGUUGGUCGGUGUAAAGCGUGCACAUGCAGGAGGUGCCUGAAGCUGCCACACACCACCCUUCUUUGGAGACUAUGGAACAUAGUUGUAAUCUCAACCUUACUAAGCAAAGAGGAUUGCUUCAGAAAGAAAGUAAAAUUUCUUCUUAGCUUUAUUGGUUUAAGAUCUAUUWGAAAUUCUGAUUUGCUUUGUAUAUUUUAAACAAUUCAUACACUAAGCAGCGCAAUCAGCAACUGAUGACAGUGCUUGAAUCCAGCCAUUUUCAUGUCGCUUGACCACUAUCUAAACACACAAGUGUAGAAAAUUAACAGAAUUAUUUCAAAACAACAAAUAAUAUUUCAGCACUUGCAGAUUUUGUGCCUUCUUGAAGGGCAGUUGAGGAGUUUCAAUAUUUAUUUAUAGCAGCUGUCAUGUUGCACAUAAGACAGAGCAGGUUUAACUGAUACUUUGUAAAUCCUCCCAUCAAUGUUGUUAUGUUGUGUGUAAUAAAGUAUAGCCCUGAAAACAACUAUGACAUCCCUCAAAGAACACGUGACAACUGACAGGCGGAAGGUAAAGUCAGCCAAAAGACAGCAUGUUGUUGCUGUUGCUUUAUGGGAUUCCUCAUGGCACACCUUCACCUUCUUCAAAGGGAAGAAAUACAAUUAGCUUCCAAGUACCACUUCUAAACACUAAGUGUGUGGACCCACUUAAACAAUAACCACAGACACAAAUUUGUGCCACUGUUUUCAGACCACCAAAUAACACAGCACAGAUAUGCAGUUCUCCAGUGUGUCAUGUGUGGUCUGUAUGAUGUGAUACGUGAUGUACGAAGAUGGUCAGAAUGCACAUUAAACCCAGCAAGUCCACAUUUUAUCUUUGACGUGAUCUAAACAGCACUGUAAAUAAAAAAAAAAAAAGAGUGAUGCUGCACAAAUGCCAUCAAUGAUGUUCGAGUGUGUCAAGAAAUUGAGCGCACAUGAGCGAGCUCCAGUUGCACACACACUAUGAACAUCCUUAAGUGAGAUCAGGCAAAGUCUUUCCUGUCUUGUGACGCAGUGUCUUGUGUGCAACACUGUAAGCUUCUUGUUGUAUGUACACUCACUCGCUUCACAAAUUAUCAGUGUGUACUAUAAAGAUAUUCUGAUGUCAGCUGCAAAGUAUAUAUAAGGAACAGUUUAAGUAAGCUACUUAUCAGAUGGUGUAAUUUAUUUAAAGCAAUUUAUUUUCUGUGUUUAAAACAGAAAAACCGAAAUCUGGGAUUGUGGAACCAGUAUAACUGAUAAGUAGUUUGCACAUACUAAACAGUGUCCAGCAGAACUUUGAAAGAUGUCAGCAUUAUGUAUUCUAAGUGUUAAAUGUAAUGUAUGUUUGUAUUUUUUCUGUUUUAAUAUGGUUAUUAUCUAAGUUAUUUUAUUUUUGUGGAUAACUUAAUA